CCUGGCUCGCUCACACCGGUGGCACGCGCACGCUCCUCCCAGGCCCCACCUCCUCCACGUCACCAGACAGGCCGGGGAAGACAUGGCGGAGCGUAGGAGACACAAGAAGCGGAUCCAGGUAACCGUGACCGCAGGGAGCCGGCCGAUAGCCAGGGGGCCCCGUGCCGGCCCGCUCUCACCGGCUGCUGGCUGCUCUCAGACCCGGCAGGAAGGAGGGGGAGGGGGUAGCUGUGUGGCCCCUCCAUCUCUGGGUACCGGAAGCAGGACCCCCGGUGUUUACACACAGUAUGGGGGGGGGGGGGUUUGGGGGUAUCCCUGCCAGAGCCGGGCAGACUCCGUGAGCUCCUAGCAUUGCAGGUUCCCGGGGAUGAAGUGGCCCCUGGGGGCCCCAGCCAUUAAUAAUGACUGUGUGUGCGUCCCUGACACGUGGGAGUGUUUAUAUCCGGCCUGCACACAGCCCCUGAGAGGGAUAGCUAUCAAUGCCAGCCUUAACAGCUGGGGACAAAUGGGAGAUCACUGCCUGCUGUACUACUGCAACUCCCAGUAUGCUAAGGCUGGCAAACCAUGGUGGCUAGCAGUAUUGUAAGAGGAUAGCCAGCCCGUGUGUAAAGGGUUAAUACACGUGUGGAGCCUGCUUUACUGCACUGGGCAUGUGAACACACAUAUAUAACCAGGGUUCAUGGCUACCACCUGGAUUUGAGCCACUAGGAAACAUAUGCUGUUUCUUUGUGCCCAAAUGGGAAGGCUUGGGAUUAAUGUCUGGGCAAGAUCUUUCCAAAAAUACUACUUAAAAGUGAGAAAAUCUAGCAGUUAAUAUUUUGCUUUCCAUUUCCAGAGCAUUUAAUAGAUUUGUUAUAGGAUUUUUCCAUCCAAAAAUAGGUUGUUUUUUUAAAACUUCUUUUUUGGGAGGCAGUAGUCCUUGGUAUCGUGCACCCUUUUUAUUACUAUUAUUAUUAUUAUUAUAAAGUGAAAUAAAUAAAAGAAAAAAAUAUCCCCUUUAAUCCAAUGUGAACGAAGCACUAGCCUUGCACUGUGGUCCAAUAAAAUCCUUCUCAUGGGCAAUAAUUUUUGAACCUAGGGUGUAUGCAGCAAUCUGACUAAAACAGCGAGGAGAAGGGAAGGACACUGCCCUGACUUAAUGUCAGUCGUCAGCAUUAUGAUGGAUGUAUUUUGUGCACAAAACUCACAUUAGCUAAUGAUGUUGCAAAAGGUGGAUAUUUCUGUUCCCCAGGUCAUCACUAUGGUAAAAUUACUAUAGGUAGCUCCUCCUACCUACCCUAAUGGGUGGGAAACUCUAAUUAAAAGGUUAUAAUAAAAAUAAUUUAUAAUAUGAUUAAAAUGUUCUAUUAGGAACUUAACAAGAACAACAAAGAAAAAAAAUGGCUGCGCCACAAAAGUACAGGAAUGACAAUAAAGUGCUAUUUGCAAUAAAAUGCAGUAGGUGUGGGUAAAUGACAUAGCAUAUAAAUAAUUAUUUAUGACUACCCCGUUAAAAUGAAUUUUGCAGUGUAAAAUUCUUGAAAAGGCAGUAGGUCUUUGUGUUAGCGAAUAUGAUGGGUAGAAGACAGGAAAACGAGAAAUCCAAUAGUGCAAUAUGUCAACUUAAAUGAGUUAUAGGUAAUAAAACAACGGUAGCUUACUCACAUCUGGGGGAGCUAUGACCAGCUCCAGUUUUGAUAGUGUAUAGUGGUAUAAUCCCCACUUACAGGAUGUGUUGGUGAGUGUCCAUAGAAGAUGGUGUUGUGGGACCCAAAAUUACAUCUCCAAAGAAAUCCAAGUCAACGUUUUAGUUCCUGAACUGAACUUUUAUCAGGACAUCAAAUGUUGAUUUGGGUUUCUUUGGAAAAUAAAAGAACACAUUUAUUGUAAAUCCAGGAGUGCCGGUAUUUUUCAUGCAAGGUAUUUACUGUAUGUAAGUAUGUGUAUGUAUGUGUAUGUAUGUGUGUGUGUGUAUAUAUAUAUAUAUAUAUAUAUAUAUAUAUAUAUAUAUAUAUAUGAGAGAGAGACUUGUAAAAGAUAGCACUCAAGGGACUUGAAAGUAUAGAGAAAAAAAGACUUAACUUUUAUUCAGUAGAUGCUUGCCCAAAAAAAUCGACAUUUCAGUUCACACUUUCUUCGAGUGUGAACUGAAAUGUUAGAGAUUGUAGCCAUAUUAGUUCAGUGAUGCAGAUGUUAAAAAAAAGAUACAAUUUGUAUCUUGUAAUACUUCUUUAUUGGAUUUACAGAAUUUUGUAAUGACAAGCUUUCGGGAGAACCUCCCUUUCUCAAGUCUAAAGCAUUUCUGAGCAAAAACAACACAUAGAAUUGAAACAUGAGUUGCGAUACAGGGGUUAAAAAGACGUGAGUGCAGAUAAGACACAGGUUUGAUAGAAAAUAGACACCAUUCUCGCAGAGACGUUAUCAGUGCUUAGAGCGCACCUACAAGGGGAAGACUAGAUCUCCCCUAGCUCACUUCACUGAAAUAUAUAUAUAUAUUUGUAGGUGCGCUCUAAGUACUGAUAAUGUCUGUCGCUCUUAGCACUGAUAAUGUCUGUCACCAGCGUGCAGUCUGUGAUCACGACAGAUGUAAUGUUUGUACAGAGUUCCAGGCUGCCUGAGGCAUGUAACUAGCCAUCAGCACAAAAGUGCAUAUAUCUCUAUAUGUGCAGCGUUUGUAGCAGAAGUGCUGCACAUAGAGACCAUUCUACCACCAUGACCACUGCUAAGAGCAGACAUGGUCAUGGAGAGGUUAGAGUAACCCUUGGAAGAACCUCCUCCCAUAAAAACCCCUUUCUUUUUUCCUGUCCAACACCUGUAUAAGCCAUAUUUUGUGGCUUACCUGAGGUCUGUUGAUUGCUUGGCAUCAUACUGAGAUGCUGCACGUGCAUGCUCACUUCAAGUCACUGAAAGGGUUGUGGUGCUUAGAGUAACCCUUUAAAGGGGCACUCCAGGCACCAAAACAACUUAAUCUAAAUUAAGUUGUUAUGGUGCCAGCAGGCCUCAGGGCUUACUCUUACCUCAUGGGGUUAAAUCGUUCCCGAAUGGUCUAACCCCAAAGUUGCCUCUAGUGUCCAUAUCGGCUACCCCCCAGGCGGCUUCCUUCUUCAGGAGUUUCAGUAAGUGCAGAGUGGCAGCACUUAUUAGCUGAGAGACUGAGCUGACCUCUCAGCCAGUCAGCGCCUCCCCUGCCCAGCAGCAACUCUGCGCUUCCAGAAAGUUGGAGCUAAGAUUGGCGCUGGGGGCAGCUUUGAGGUUAAACUGGUCGAAAAUGGUUUAACACAUUGAUGUUAGAUUGUAUCCGUUGGUCUCCUGGCACUGCAAUCCCAGAUUGUCCAGUGGUUUUGCAUGCACUUUAUCCUGCACUUUGCUAUUUUCAUCCCGUGAGCACAGCGCUGCCUGAGUGUUGCCAUUGUAAUGCGCGUCAAUGAUCCGACCUGCGUGCUCGCGGGAGGAUCACAGCCUCCUGGGUCCUCCUUCUGUCCAGCAGGCUGCCGGGUCCUAGCUCCCUCCCUCUACCUUAACAAACUGCCCGGAUGCUGGUGAGGGAGAUCUUUGAUCUCCCCAUCGGCCCGAAAAAUGCAGACAGCAGGGCUCUCCAUGGGCCAGUCUAAAUGAUUUUCGCGGGCCGGACGUUCCCCACCCCUUCCGUAGAUACUGUGAACUACUCUUCCCAUGGUGUUCUGUAAGGAAUCUCACAAUGACUAGGGUGCCAAGAGUUAGUCAACACUAGUGGAUACAUAGUACUAGUAACAUGUUCUGUAACAUGUUCCAUUUCCAUUGAAAUAUGAGAGAUAUGGAAAUUCCUGGAUCUAUUUUAUUCACGUUGUGCUAAUAGUGUUCAUCAUUAGAGAAGUACAAAUGGAUCUGUUGGUAAUAUAUAUAUUAAGAGAUGAAAUAAAUAUACCUUUGAAUAGGAAGGAUCUAUUCCUUAUUAAAAAGUGCAUAUUAUCGCUGCAGACACGUUAAAUUGGUACAGAAAAAUGACAAAUAUUUCAAGAAUAGAAAGGCUAUUUACUAAACCUAUUUACUGCAUUACUAAUCCAUAUCUUAUGCUUAAUAACCUUUGUACUAUAAUGUAAAAUUAUCUUUAGAUGUUUCCAUCAAAAGUGUUUUAUCAAAAGAAAUUUUAUUUACAUAAAUAUAUUUUACUUUUUUUUGUAGUAAAAAAAGUCGCUUUUAUCCACCCUACUUAUAACCGUUGUCUGCUGGUGGUGUUUUCAUAGCAUUCACAUAUAUGUUAAAUUGUUUUUCAAAGUUUUGAAGUUAAACAGCUUUUCUAUUUUUCUAAUUUUGCUAUGGUGCCGGUAUUCUGGCAAGUGUAACUGUCAGCUUUUUGUGUUGCAUACAUGCUUGUAGGGACUUGAUUUGUCUGCACUUUCCUUUCAGUCGCUAAUAAAUGUAUCACCCCAGUAAAUUAGAAUGUUCUUUGAUCAACUACAUUAGUUCUCAAAUUGCAUUUUUGUUAGAAUGUUUUUUUUUCUUUUUAGUUUUAAGGGAUAUACUAUAGGCAUGAAAAUGGCUUUAGUUUAAUGAAGCUUUUUUGAUGUAGAGAUCAUGCCCCUGCAGUCUCACUGCACAAUUCUCUGCCAUGUAGGAGUUGUCACUUUUGUUUCUGUUUAUGCAGACCUAGCCACACUUCCCCAGAUGAAACUUACACAUCUUGCAUGAAAAAAAUGGUUUCAUUUUCAAAUGUUAAGUUGCUUUAGAAGUUUUUAUCUCCUGCCCCUGUAAAUUCAUCUUUAAUCACGUACAGGAAGCUCCUGCAUGGUGUAGAUGGCUAUUAAAGCAGAAUUUUAGCGCCGUAUUUACCCUUUUCCAAUGUUUCCUCUUCUCUUCCUCUUUCGUACUCUCUUUAUUUUCCUUUUUUACAUUUUUUAAGUCAAUUUUUAACUAAAAACAAAAGAUAAAGUAAAGGGCUACUUUGAUUUAUGUAUUUUUCCUAUGCCUGACUUUCAUAGACACUGGUUGGCAUUUAAGCAAGCUCCACUUCCUUUGUCAGCUAAUUUCUCCCAGUAAUUUUCCAUACAGUGGAACCUCAGAACUCGAACUUUAUCAGUUCCAGAAGGCUGUUCGAGUUCCGAUUUGUUCGAGAACCGAGUCAACAUUUCCCAUAGGAAUUAAUGUAAAUUUGUUUAAUCUGUUCCAGACCCCCUAAAUUACAUGGAUGGGGAUAGGUAACUGUUCUUAUGGCAUUACAUGCAAAAGCAUAUAAAAUGGCUGUAUCAGGUUCAAAAUAUCUAAUACCCCUCUUUCCUCUACUUGUAUCCUUAUGUCCAUAGUUCCUCUUCCCUUACUCAUGUCCCUUUGUCCUCUGGUAUCCUUCUCCUCAUAUUUUCCUAUUUCUCCUUGCCUAAUAAUUCUGUCCAUAUCCCUUCACCCUUUUACAUAGUGCAUCUGCCCAUAUUACCUCAUCCCACACUUGUAUCCCAUGCUUCCCCACACUUGUGUCCCUCUGUGAAUGCCGGGUGAUGUGUUUGGGUAUUUAGGAUCAAGACAUUUUUUAUGCAGAAUUUUUUUAGUUCGACUUCCGAAUUGUUUGAGAAAGGGAACUUUCGAGUUCUGAUAUUCCACUGUAUUUUGACGAUUUCCUCCUUCACUUUUUACUCAAUGCUUUACUCUCGCACAUGCACAAGAGUACCGCAGUAGUGUCUGCUUCUGGUAGCUGAAGCGCCAGGAGCAGAAGAGGACCAGUGGGAAAAGUAUGGCUGUGUCUGCGAGAGACAGGUUCUGGUAAGUAGAACUCAACCCCCCUAACACUGUAGGGGCAUGAUCUAUACACCAAAACUGCUUAAAGGGAAAUUGAAGGCUAGGAAUAUAAAAUUGUAUUCUUAUUCUUUAGUGACACCCUCGCAAUGAGCUGAAGUGGUCUGGGUGUCCAUUUAAUUGAGCUAAAGUUGUUUUGAUGCCUCUAGUGUCCCUUUAAAUUUGAAAUUUAAAACAGAUUAAUUUUUCAAUUGAUUUGUGGAUAAGAUUUUGUCCACUGAUUUGUAAAUGUUUUUAUUUUACAGCAAUGAAUGCAUAGAGAUGUUACAGCUACAAAGACGUUGUCGUUAUGCAGUUAAUAUUUUUAAGUAAGCCAGGAAACGCCCCCCACCCCCUCCCCUUUUUUUUUUUUUCACAGAAAACAGCUGGAAAUGCUUGUGGUGAUGCUAUCAUUUCACUGUGUAAGCAGCUGUUUGAGCUAAUGAAAUUGCAUUGGUGCAAAUAUGGGACAUAUCUACAAUAUGUGUUGGUUUUGUGUCCGUAAGCCUAAAGAUGUAAAGAGAUAAAACAAACCACAUUUUUAAGCAUCUCUUUAAUUUUUAAAACUGGAAUUGCAUUUUCAAUGUCAAUGGAUCAGUUUUUAAUACAAAAGAUUAAAGCGGUAGAAAUACAUGUUUGUAUUCCAAACGCCAUAUGUAGGGGCCCAUUUCCCUUGCCAAAGGUUUAAAAGGUAAACUAGACUUCCUUUUAAUAGUGUGUUGCGAUGGUCUACAUGCUGCUACUCUGUCUACCUGGCUGAGAUCAUCAGAUUGAUGUCAGAGCACUAUGGGGAAUUUACUUUUAAAUGAUGGUUAGACAUUGUGGGAAAUGUAGUAAAGAUAACUGCAGAUCUUAACUUUACUAUCAUGGACAGGGAUACUCAGAAAUGUAAGGCAUAAGUCAAAGUUUGACAAAUUUGCUUGGAAUCUAGCAGCCAGCCAAAAAGGUUAGAAACAAGGUUUUUUAACAAAGCUUAAUUUUCAACGACAAAAAUGCAAUUCUUAAAGGGACACUAGAGUCAUCAGAACCACUACAGCUUAAAUGCAUUUUCCUGGCACUAGAGAAUUCCUCUCUGUCAAGGCCCCCUCCAGCGACACUGAGGGGUUAGUCACUUACCUGGGUCAAGCGCCAAUGCACCACGGCGCUUGCUCAGCUCCGCCCACGCUCCUCAUCCGCCUGUCUUCCUGUGGCUGACCUGCCUCCUUAGCUAAGAUAAUCAAUCUUGAUUAUCUUAGCUAUGGAGGCAGGUCAGCCACAGGAAGACAGGCAGGACAUGGAAAACAAUGUGAGUUAAUAUAUAUAUAUAUAUAUAUAUAUAUAUAUCACCUAGAGCACUGUUUAGUGAUGUCGUGGCCCGAGUAACGUCAUAUCCCGGCUCCCAGCAUCACUGCAGGGUGUGCGAGGGAGCAGAGCAAGGAGAGUAGGAAGAUAACAGCUCCCUCUCUGAGCCAUCUCCAUGCUCCCUUGCUGGGCUGCCUCUAUUGAACGGGUUAACAAAUCCCAUGGAGUAUCCAUGGAAAUUUCACCAGUUUAUUCAGAAACACAUAUUACUUUACAGGGAUACUGCAUGUAACAGCUCGUGCUGAGGAUUUCCCCUGUCUUUGUUACCCUGCAAAAUUGCUCAUAACCACUGUGGUUUUGCAAAAAAGAAUUGCCACUUAUAAACUGACCACUUCAGUUCUUGUCAGAGAAAGAAACUACACUUCCUUCUCUACCUGUACAAAUACUUGCAUGGUGUGUUCACACUGGGCAGGCUAAGGCUUUGUAAAGGGUGAACGUGCAAUGGUAAGAUCGAGCAAUCAAUUUAUAUGGCUUCUAUCAAUUAAUUGAGAAAUAUUUAACAUCUUUAUUUUAACAGAGGUUACAGAAACCAAAAUUGCCAUACAUAUCAAUAUGGUUUUAAAGAAGACACUUUCUAGCAUGUGAACACAUUUUUUAUAAAUAAACACCAAUAUUAUUUGUGUUUUUCUUACAAAUACAGCAUGACAUUUUUGCCGUGUUGUGUAAACUUGACAUAUGAUACAGCAGUAAAAAUACAUUGUGCCUCGCUACAUCUACCGCACUACCGGUAUGUAUACCUUAGUCAGGCUUUUGUGAAAUUUCAAGGCCAAAGUACAGAUCUGACCGCUUGAUGUAUUUUGUGCUUUACAAUGGUGCCAUUUUUUUUGUAAAUUAGUGUUUUAUUGCAAUCCAGGAGCAUAUGUAGCAAGCAUUUCAAUGGGACAUGCAAAACCUCUGUAAACACUCGCUAGUAUCUCACAUUCUGUAUUUUGAUCCUUAAUAUGGGUUUACUUUUGCAUCUUUUUAACAUCCACUAACCUUAAGUUCUUCAAAUUUAUCCCAUAAAAGUCAUAUAGCCCUAAGUGCAUUAGCCCUACACUUAUCCAAAGCAGAUGGAUUUGCCUGCUGUACACAAUAGAUUACAUAUCCAUCUCUGCUGCGGAAUUAUGUGAUGAGAGAGUAGCACAAUAUGAUUUGUUUUGUGAUUUUCCCGCUUGCUAAAACACAGUGAUCAGCAUAGGGAUCAUUGCAGAAAACAGCUCCUAUUAUGCUCUCUACUGUUUGGAACAUGCCAGGAUUAAAAUCCACAUGAUCAUGCUGGUUAAAGAGAGGGCUUUCUCAGGGUGCUUUUGUCAAACUACUCCAAAUGGCUUAACCCCAAAAAAAAAAAAAAGAGGGACAGUGUCGAUAGACUGCUGGCAGCAUAACCAUUAACCUGAGCUAUGGUAGUUAUAUUGUUACACCUCUCCUUUGACACUAUAGUCACCAGAACAAGUACAGCUUUGUGUAGUUGCUCUGGUGACUAUAAUCCUUCCCUUCGGGCAUUUUCGUGCAAACACUGCCUUUUCAGAGACAAUGCCCUGUUUACAUUGCCUCCUAGGGACACCUCCUGUGGCCAUCACUCAGAUGGCUGCUGGAGGUGCUUCCUGAAGCAGUGCUGCCGUUCAUCCCCUCCACGCUCUGCAUGGAGUCGCUGAAUUUUCCUCAAAGAAAUGCAUUGAUUCAAUGCAUCUCCUUGAGAAGGUGCUGAUUGGCCAAAACGUUGUUUGGCUCUGCCUUCUUGAUGAUUUCAGCCAAUCCAAUGCUUUCCUUAUAUUGGCUAAAAAUCGUACAUUAUGAGGAUGUCAGCAAGAAGGCGGAGUGGGGGCAAUCUUAACAGUAUAGGAAUACAUGUUUGGGUGUUCCUGAACGUAUAGUGUUCCUUUACAUUAAAGGGUUAGUGUUUUGAUUUGUUUAUGGUAUUGGCAUUGACUCUGUCUAAUUGCUCAUGCCAAGAUACAAUUUAUAACAUUCUGGUGCUUCCCAUGAUCAGUCAUGGGGCAUUUUUUUACACAAUCAAUAUUAUAAAGUUAUACAGUUGUUGAUAUACAAAAAAUGAUUGACCUUUGCAAGUUAAAGGACCACUAUAGGCACCCAGACCACUUCAGCUUAAUGAAGUGGUCUGGGUGCCAUGUCCAGCUAGGGUUAACCCUUUUUUUUUUUUUAAAUAAACAUAGCAGUCUCGAUGACAGCCGCUAGAGGGCUUCCGCGCUUCUCACUGUGAUUUUCACAGUGAGAAGACGCCAGCGUCCAUAGGAAGCAUUGUGAAUGCUUUCCUAUGGACUGGCUGAAUGCGCGCGCAGCUCCUGCCGCGCAUGCGCAUUCAGCCGAAGAGGAGGAGGAGAGCUCUCCACCCGGUGCUGGAGAAAGAGGUAAGUUUAACCCCUUCCUCUCCAUCCAGCCCGGCGGGAGGGGGUCCCUGAGGAUGGGGACACCCUCAGGGCACUAUAGUGCCAAGAAAACAAGUAUGUUUUCCUGGCACUAUAGUGGUCCUUUAAUGUUUUAUAUGCUGUACUCUGAAGUCUUACAUUAGUCUCAGCUGAGAAUAGUGAAAGCAUGACUCAAUUUCACUUUCAUCAUAAGACGUACAAACAGUGGAGUUUAUCCACAGAAUUGUAGUGAAUUGAUAACAUUGCAAAAAUUACUUAUGCUGUACUGCUGAGAAUUUUUCCCAAUCAGCUAUUUUAGCUUACAUUUUGGAAAAUUGGUUAUAAUUCACUGGGGUGUUUUAUGAAUGUAUCAUAAUAUAAUAAAAGUAUAAUUAUGACAUAUAAGCCAAACAGAGACCUUAAAACUGAAAAUGCUUGUACGCAUUGAAGAGAAUAUUCCAAGCACCAUAACCACUACAUACUUCUGUAGUGGUCAUUGGGCCACAAGUGUCCUAUGUAGUUUCAGCUAUAGUUGUGGACCUGAGACCACUGCAGAGUGCAACCCAGGCUAAGAUGGCUAACAUUCUGGUGACUAACCCAGGGUAGGCGUCUGGGUACUCUUGGCAAUUUAGCCAUUACAGUGGACAUGAAUUUAAUUUAUUUUUUCAAUUCUGUAUUUUUAGCUGUAAUAAUACAGCAGAUGUGUUUUUACAUGCAACAACAUUAAAAAAAGAAACGCAAACUGGGCAACAGGAGCCCCAACGUUUAACAUGUCAAGAAACAAUUUAAAUUACUAAGUAAGGUUUGCCAGCCUUUGGUAAGUCAUUCGGAGAUAGGCAGUGCAGGCACCUCAUGGUUCUCAUUACAGUUUAAAACUUAGCAACGUAAUGCCUCCCCAUUAGAAGGAGGGAAAGGAUGGAGAAAAGAAGAUUAAAAACACGACAAACAUUCACACCUUCUUAAAGUUGUGUCCUAUGGGGACAAUAUUUUAUUGAAAGAAGUCACAAAGCUGGAUAAGGGCCAUGAGCUUUCCACCAGAAUGUUAUCCACGACCCCAGCUAUGACCUCAGGCAGUGAAGGGGAAAAAUGAGAAAUUUAAAAAAUAAAUAAAUUACUGGUUAUUCUUCAUUAUAUAUAUAUAUUUUCCCCAAACAACUUCUGUAAAUUGGUUUUAUUCACAGCAAGAGCUUCCUUUAAAGAAACACUAUAGAUUUAGAUAUAAAAGCUUGUAUUAUUAAUGCUAUAGUGCCCCUGUAACUAGAUAUAUAUAUAUAUAUAUAUAUAUAUAUAUAUAUAUAUAUAUAUAUAUGUAUAUGUGUGUGUGUCCCUUUUAUUUCCCCCCAGUAAAAUUUAUAAAAUGACGUUUUUACUCUCCUUUUUCCAGCGCCAAGGCUCUCUUGGUGCUGCUCAGCUUUCCACCUUGCCACCAAAUGUCAUCGAGGAGGCAUAGCUUCCUUCUGUGAUUGUCCAAUCCAGUGCUUCUUGUAGAGAAGCACUGGGGACCUGAUGGGCAUACACAAUAUUCAAUGCUUCUCAUAGGAAAUCAUUACUUCCAAUGCUUUCCUGUGAGUUUACGUGAUUGAGCUUUACUUGGUACAUGCAGCAGAAGCACCUCAUGGCCAUUGGAGGUAACUAAAACCCACUAUUGGUUUAAAAAUUACAUAGGGAUGUGAAAAGAGCGCAGGUAACUUUUUUUAAUGUAUUUGGGCUGAUGUGUACUAUGGUCGUUGCUGCCGCCCAGGAGUAAUGGUUACAACUACAUGUCUGUUCGUCCACCCAUUGUAAAGCGCUGCAGAAUUUGAUGGCGCUAUAUAAAUAUCAUAAUAAUGGGAGUUUGAGCGCAGGACUUGUUUCUUUGUAUUUGUAUUCACUUUUGUAUCACACAGCUAGGUUACAAUGCUGCUGCCCAUCCCAUGUGUUCCCUAUUAAGGAUUAAUAAGCAUGUAGGGAUGUAUAUAAAAAAUACUCCUUUCUGUCUCAUUAGAGAUAUCUUUGCCAGAAGCUCAAGGAAGCAACGUGAAUGGUUAUAGUUAGGACCCACAUAAGAGGUUUGCAUUGAUGUGGCAGGUGGGCAUACCCUCUCAUGGCCAUUGGAGGUAACUUAAAACCUCAGUUUGUUUAAAAAAAUAGAGAUGUGGAAAGAGCGCAGGUAACUUUUUUCCUUUGGUUCUGGUGUCUACUGCCUGCCUCUGCAUGCAUUUUAAUGUAAACACUGCCUUUUUAGAGAAAAGGCAGUGUUCACUUUGCUGCCUAGAGCAAGUUCUAGUGGCAGUCACUCAGGUGGCCACUAGAGACGAUUCCUGGGUCAGUGCUGUAUGCUCUUCAUGGAGGCGUUGAAUGUUCCUCGUAGAGAUGCAUUGAUUCCUAGCAUCUCUAUGAAGAGAUGCUGAUUGGCACAGCACAGAGUUUUGCUCCGUGUGCGCAUGAGCCUCAAUGCUUUCCUACGUGAAAACCUAGUAAUGGUGAUUUUGUCAAUUCUGAUGACCUCAGUCAAGGGAGGCGGUACAUGGAUGGAGUCCACACUAAAUAAAAAUAUGUUGUUAGCCAUGUUAUUUUAACACUAUAGGUAGGGUCAGCUACUGACCACUGCACGCAGACCACUUCAUAGAGGUGGAAAUUAAUAGAGUUAAGAUAAAAAGAUCUGUUUUGAUCAGGGUAUCCAUGGCACUGCUCAUUUUCCAACUGAAUGCCCUCUACCAUGUAUUCAUUUCUUUAUAAUGUGGCAUGGCAUUAUUUAAAUCUCGUUAGUCUCAUUUUAAAUUUGAGUAACCUUGUUUAACCAUAUGUAACAUAAUUUAAGUUUAUUUACUUGUUUACAUCUUCUGUUUCUCUUCUGUUUCUCUUCUGUUUCGUAUACUUUUUCUAAAUAUAUUCCUCUCGCGUUUUCUCAUUCAGUUCAUAAUACACAACCUCUUGAGGUCCUUUGACUUUGUGUUCUGCAUCCUAUAUUUGUUACAGUAUGUAUGUGCAAGCAUUCUCCUGAAAAUACCCUGUAAUGUUGCACAUCGAAUGAAAAGAAUUAAAUAAAUUGUAUUACUGUGCAGGUUUUUUUUUUUUUUUUCUCACACAGCUUUGUAUUUUUAUUUGUCAAUCUCCUUCAGUUCCUUUGCCUGUUAUACUUUUUUCUCUAUUAGAUAGAUGAAGUCCCCCUUGUUAGAUGUAGGUUUUUCACCCCUGGCUCCAAUAAAUAAAUACAUUGAGCAUUUCAUAAACAUGAAAUAAUUGGAAUUGUUCUGUGUUGGAAUUGCAUUGGGGGGAAAAAAAAGAUAAAAAUUGCUCAAAAUAUGUCAUAAGAUAAAACUACUAGAAACUACUUUGUCUAAUGCACUUUUCCUCCACUUGACGAAGGGCAGAGCUAUGGCUGUCAAGUUUUGUCUCUGCUCCCAGCCGUCACUAGCUGGAUCCUCCGUAGAUAUCAAUUUUGGACUCUUGCGCAGGCACGAAACUACAACACUGACUUGUACUCCUGGUACCAGCAACACCAGGGGCACAGCUUCAGAUAUAUAUCUUUCUCACCACCAUUGCAACCAUGGGCCAUCACACACCAAGUGGCGAUGAAACCAUUGGGGAGGGUCUAAGCAAAAUAUGCACCAGCAGCUGAUAGCCACUUUAAUGAUUUAUGGAAAGUAUUUGCAAAAUCUCAGUGAGAUCAGUAUUUACCUAGCUAAAAUUGUUUAUCUGGAUUCACUUAUUUCAUAUGGUCUGACUAUUCCUUUACCUUUCCUCCCCAGCUGGGGACAGCAGGAUACAGAAUAUAACCCUUACCUGUAAACAAUUGCAAUCAUCCUUCACCAAAACCAAUACUAUAAUGCAGGCUUUAUUAUAGAUAUUACAAGUGGCUCGACCACCUCAAACGUACCUCUUGUUUUCCUCUUUCAAAAUCUGUUUUUCAUUUCUGAUCUAUUUUGCUUUAAAACAUAAGACAAUGUAAGGAACUGCUUUGCCUAGUGUAUUUGUCCUACACUUGACAAUCUGGUCAAAGGGUGGAGAUUAAGGCAUAAAUUUGACACUGUUAUUUCAUGGAGGUGUGAAAGAAAGUUACUAGAAAGAUGUUGCUGGCUUCAUGUUUUCAUAAGACUAAAAUUGUUAGCUCAGGGGUGUCAAAUUCAGUUGUUAUGGAGGGUGGAAUUGUACAUAGAAGUGGGAGUGGCCACACACACACACACUCUUGUGAGCGCAUAUGACUUCACAUAAUGUUAUAAAUGUAAUUUAUUAUUCUUUCUUAUGAUAGGAAACUUUAAUUAUUUGUACGUAUUGUUACUUUGUCUGUGCAAUAUUAUGUAUGUAAGUGUUCCCAUGUGUGUGCAUUGUCAGUAUAUGUAUGUUGGUAUUCCUGUGUUUAUGUGUGCAUAUAGUGUCCACUUGGGUCUAUGUCUCCAUUGAAUACAAUGUGUGUGUUUAUAUCAGUGUUCUUGUGUGUGAGCAAUGCAGGUUUAGUUUUUUUUUUUUUUUCCCUUCUCAAUAACAUAUCACCAGCUUCCUCACUAUCUCUCUUCAGCCAUCCCUAAUAUCUCACUCUCCCCCUCCCACCCCCCAUUAUCUCUCCCAGUUUUGUCUCCCCAGCUUCCAAGUUAUCUCUAUUAAAGGGAUACUGUAUUCUGAUUGAAUUGGUUAUCGUGCUUGUAGUCACAGUUCAGUUGUCAAUCUGUUCGCAAAUGGUUUGUCAAUGCUGGUAGGGCAUUUCCACUAGACCAAGCUGUAGUGGUUAUGGUGCUUAGAGUGUUCCUUCAAACCUCUCAUCACUGGCAGGUUUCUGUGUAUAAGGAGGCAGGAAAACAACGUAAACUGACAUGACUCAUUCUAACAGUCUUGAUAUAUAUUAAACUCCUGCAUUCCUUUUGUUCUAGUAGGUCCUAGUUGUACUUUGUUAAUGUUUGCCUUGUACUUACAAAUUGUGUAGUGCUGUGGGAUUUUCCUCUUUAUAAAUACAUUCUAAUUAUGUGUGGUUGACAUUGGUUUUAUCUGAAAAUAGUAUAGGGGGAAGGGAGUGCAGCUAGGGACAAUGUGAUAUCACAUGGCCCAGUCCUACCUGAGAUUAGUGGGAGGUACAGCCCCAGGCAUCUGCUGCCAAUCAUGAGUGUAACGCCCACUAAUCUCAGGCAGACUGGGACCUUUAUUCCUCAGUUCUGCCUAAGAUUAGGCACUGCAGACUGCAUGGAGGUGAUCCAUGCAUUAUACUUUACUAAGUAUGAGCGAGAAAUAGAUGACGAUAUUGCUAGAUGUGUAUACAUAUAUAGACAAAGUUUCUACGCCGUAGUGAGUAGAAAUUUACCCCUGGAAAGUGUGCCAUGGAUCCUCUAGACUUACAAUAGUGAGUCACUUUUAGGGCCUGGCUAGUAGCAUAGGACAUGAAAUUUUAAAGGAACACUGUAGUGUCAGGCAUUCAAAGAAGUAUUCAUAACACUGUUGUUAAACUAACAGCUCCCGGGCUCCCAUCAUAUCUAUUUGAAAAGGUUUUAAACCUACCUUUUCUCCCUCGCCUCGCUGAUCUCACCACUGCUAGCCCCGCUUCCAUGGCUGAGAUCAUCAGUCUUGCUUAUCUCCGGUAAUCUAAAGCUUUCCUAUAGGGGAAAGCAUUGAAAAACUAUUGCGCAUGCACAACAAACCACUGCACCAAUCAUCACCCUCUCAUAGAGAUGCAUUGAAGAUGCAAUGAAUCAAAGCAUCUCUAUGAGGAAUGUUCAGCUUAUCUGAAAUGCCAGUGUUUGCAUUGAAAAACUACUUUUAUAUAAUGAUUUUCUCAACCCUCCUGGGUGGCAUACAUUUUUUUUUUGUAUAUUUCUCAUACUUUUGCGCCAUAUCUUAGCUGUUCCUGUGUAUAUAAAUACAUAUAUAUAUAUAUAUAUAUAUAUAUAUAUAUAUAUAAUAUAUGCAGGCUGCUUGGCACUCACCUUUACAUACAACAAAUAAUAAUUAUACCCUGGUGCAAACCACGUAAUAUAGAUAUAAAAAGAAAAAUUACGGCGCACUCAAGGGAAUUUUCAAAUAGUAGGUAUUUACUUAGAUGUCUUCUUUACAUAACGAACAAACAGUCCCGAUCGACGUUUAGACCCUCAUGGGGUCUUUCUCAAGAUCAAAGUGUAGUGUAGGUGAUAGCAAUAUAUAAGAAAAGAAUUAAGUGACUUACCAAUCCGUGAUCCUUUGUGUACCCGAACCCGGAAGUGCUCAUGCGGGACACGUGACUACCUCAGUGCGUGGUGACAAAGCGCCCUGGUCUCCAUGGAGAUAGGACGCUAUAAACAUGUAAUACCAAAGUGCUAAGGUACAGUUGGUCUAUUACUAUGAUUGUAAAAAGUGACAACUUCAGGUGUAGAUGGAGUGAAGUGAUAUGAAAGAAUGAAUGUGUAACUAAGUCCAAGGAGGACCAUACGAUAAUUAAUAUACAGUGCAUAGCUAAGAGGGUGUGGGUGAGAAGUAAACAAGAUGUCUCUGUGAACUAAGCUAAGGGAGACCUGAUAUUUACAUAUGGGAAAAGCUAGAAUUUAAGAAUAUUUUAUUGUGCACAGAUGCCUUAUCUACAAGGUCUAAGAGACACUCCGGACCCUUAAACCUCUUUAGCUUUUUGAAAUGUUUUGUGUGAAGUCUUUUUUUUUUUUUUAUAUAAUAGUUCAGAUUUCCAUAGAAAGUGAAGUAAAAUUUUAUAAAUUAGCCUGGAUACAACCCCUGGCUGUCAAUCAAAUACCAGGUCAUGUUACUUCCUGGUUUGUUUUGCUCAGUGGAGCUAAACUCAAGAGGCAGGCCACCUGCCUUGCAAAUACCUCUCAUUGAGUUGCUUUGAGAAGUCUUUGAUCGGACAGCCACAGAAAGUUAGGACAGGGUUAAAAGGGGAGGGUUUGCUAAGGCAUCAGGCAAAAGAACUUCAGCUGUAGAAAUAUGUUUUUAAAUAGGUUUUCAUUUGGGGUAUAUCUACUAAAAAAGUUUUUUUUAUUUUUUUAAAUUCUUUAUUUUUAUUGUGCGUUGAGAGAAAUACAUGCAAGCUCGUGGCGCCACAACAGCAUUCCUUGAGCAUAUUUUCAAGCAUAACAGUAGGAGCAGUAAAAUAAUCAGCACAUUUUUGUAUAACAACAGUAGUAUAACAUUAAUAUUCGGUAUGACUGCGCUUUUGCAUGGUUGAGGACCCAGUAUCUGCCCGCGUUUACCGCCACAGUUAGCUAUAUAUUAAAUGGCGUCCAAAGACAUCCGUGUGGCUAGGCUACCUAGCUCUGCCUCAGGUUUGGGAGCAUCAAAACAAUCCUGCAUCGCCUUUAUGCCAUGCUGUACAAUAGAGGGCUUGUGUGGGCCCGCUCGGCUAACACCUUUUUUUCGGCCGGCUAUUGUUUCUGGAUAAACUAGUGGCAUGGUGGUGGCUGAGACAGUGAGUCCAGCAUUUCUGAGGGCUGGGCUCAUACAUUUGUGUUCAGACUUAGGGUGCUAUUCCUGCUAGGCUUAUGAAACACAAUCUUAUACAUUGCAAGAUAUUAGCUAAUAGAGUACAUCACAUGUCUGAGUUACUGCAUUAUUUACUUUGAUGUAGAUUAUCCAAACCUAAGCAGACACAGAGUGGGGUAUUCAAUGGCAGGCUGCUAAUCGCAGGUUAAUCCUGCUGAGAGAGGUUAUGGGCACUUAUGCAAGUUGAAGCGAUGCAAGAAAAGGAAAGUGCUUAAGAAAUCAUAUAACAUGGCUAAGCUGGUACAUAUAAAAUUAAACAACAGUAUGAACUAUGUACACGCUGAGUGUGGAUAUCUGAGCCAUAUUCUGCUGGCUGUUACAAUGUCCCGUGAAAAGGUUAAUUGUAUAGAGGUGGCCCCAGCUCCACAUGUCACUCGGGUUGAUCCCUUUCAGCCUAUGCCCACAGGGUUUACCGGACUGUUCAGCAUGGUGGUGACUCGCCAGGCAGCGGCUCUCUCGUUUGGUGGGGUGAUGCCUUGCCCCGGACGGCCUGGGGAGCGGCUUAGAGGUGGCCGUGGUGGUUUCUCCAUGUAGCCCAGGACAGGUGGUGGUAUGUUGGGGUUCGGUACUUCACGGCAGCCGUGGGCAGGGCGUCUGUCCGCGGCUCGCUGUCUCAGCCGGUAGUGUUGUUUCCGCGGCUUCCGUCGCUUUAGUGUAGUCGGAGUAGUGUGGGGUAGCUGUCGGCCCAUAAGAGGCCUUCCAGGCCGCUCCUUAUUGCUUACACGGUCUUCCUUAUCGGGCUCCCGUGUGGUCGUUGCUUGCCUUGCACGGUUGCGCAGCAUGGCCCAAAACUUGUUGAUUAUGGCUCCCAGAGUGUCCGUUACAUUGGUCUUAGGGCCUGCUGAGACAGGUUGUGGCAGUAUCAGACCUCGUGUUGUAGGGCCUGGUGCCUCCGCUAUCUUGAGUGACUCCCUUCCCGUGUGACUAGGGAGUUUUGCAGGGCUCACAGAAGCGUCCGCGACUGAGGCAGCUUGGGUCCUCGAGGACCGGGAUAACCCCCACCGAUCUGGGGGGGGGGAGGUGAUUUGGGAGUGCUCCCUUGUCAGCCAGAGAACCGGGAGAGCGGCCGUCUCUCCUAGGCUCCCACCCGCACAGGCCGCAGGUCACGAUUUGGUCCACCCAGCACCGGAGAGCCAAGUGUCGGGUAUCUACGGUUGCAGUGCAGUCUCCUUGUCACGAUUAUUGCGUUUAGCAGUCGAUGUGAUUGGGUGGUCGGGCGUUAGACCCAGAAUCUUGGCUUCGGGCUCAGGAGCUCUCGACAUGCACGUCUAGUCCACUUGUUAGUCAGGCUCCGCCCCUCCUAAAAAAGUUUUUUGAAUGCAUUUUAUUUUUUUUAUUUAGGCAGUGGCAUGCCUCUUAAAUGACUGUAUAUAGAUUUACUUUUAUAGUUUACUUUUUUCCUCAUGUCUCUAUACUAAGAUUUUUUUUCUUGCUGUAUUUUAGGAAGUUGGUGAGCCAACCAAAGAUGAAAAGGCUAUUGCAAAGUACCUGCGCUUCAACUGCCCUUCAAAGUCAACUAAUAUGAUGGGUCACAGAGUCGAUUACUUCAUCGGUAAAAAUUGUCCCAGACUUUGCAAUCUCCAAUGUUUUCUAUUCUAUUAUAUAUAUUCUAUCAGGGCUCAAAAUUAUCACUCGACCAUUAGCCAUUGCCAAGUUGAAAUUUAACUCUGAUGAACAUGCUUUUGGACCCUCCCUGUUAAUGAGAUUCAUCAAAGCUCUUUGAAUUCUGUUUUUUGUCACAGAAGCUGCACUGCAGUUAGAAUGACAAAGCAUAUUGGAAGUUCUUUAUGUGUGAAGAGUGUGUCCUCUUUUUAUUUUCUUUUUUUAUAAAAAGUUCAGUUUUUUUUUUAAGUAGGCGCUUUAAUAAAUUAGCCUUGUUACACCCCCCUUGUUGGCAAUCAAGCAAUUAGUCCUGUUACUUGUCGUUUAGCUCAGUGGAGCUAAGCUCAAGAGGCAGGCAAUUACUCAGAGCACCUGCCUUGCAGAGACUUCCCAUUGAGCUCUAUUGGGAAGUCUGUGAUUUGACAGCCUUUGUAAUUUUGGGCUGCUGCAUUUGCAAGCUGGCUUUAGAUAUACCCACCAUGAAAAGAAAAUUAAUUUAAAUGCAUAUUUCAUUUUUGGGUAUAUCUACUGAAUAGUGAUUUAAAAAAAAAAAAAAAAUUUUGUAUAUCAAACUAGUGUAUGUAGUCCAUGCGGUGUUUGCCAUUCUUAACCCCUUAACGGCGUUCUAUGUCGUCCCGCAUUAAAAGGGCUUUAAAGCCGUUGCGGCGGCAUAGAACGUCGUAACGGCUGAAGCCCCCAGGAGAUCGGAGGUACUUACCUCCUCCGCGAUCCUCUUCUGGAGGGCUGCCUGACAGCCCGGGCAGCCCUCCCCCGGCAAAUGAGGCCCCCGGGGGCCAUGUGAUCGCUCUCAAAGAGCGAUCGCAUGGCCCCCUAUAGCUGGCUGUGGAUCUGCCAGCAGGGGAACUGUCUGAAAUGUCACAGUCCCCCUGCUGGUGGGAAAGUAAAAAAAAAAAAAAAAAGAAUUAAACAUGUUUAAAAUAAAAUAGAAAUUUAUUUAUAUAUGUAUAUCUAUUAUAUAUAUUAUAUAUGUAACGUCAUACAAAGUGUAUUUUAAUAUUAAUAUAAGUACAUAUAUUAGUAUUAAAAUACACUUAGAAUGACGUUACAUAUAUAUAUGUAUUUAUAUUAUAUAUAUAAUAGAUAUAUACACAUAUAUAUAGAUACGUAUAAUUACAAUAAUAAAUAAAAUAAUAAAAUAAACUAUUGAAACAAAAUUUUAUAUAUUAUAUAUUCAUAUGUAAUUUCAUUCUAACUGUAUUUUGUUUUUUAUAUAUAUAUAUAUAUAUAUAUAUGUAACAAAAUACACUUAGAAUGACAUUCUAUAUAUAUCUAUCUAUAUAUAAAAUACAAAUAACCGCAAACAUAUAUAUAUAUAUAUAUAUAUAUAUAUAUAUAUAUUUACAUAAAAGAUUACAUUAGUAUACACAUAGAAUUUAAAUACCUAUAACUGCAUAUAUAUAUUAAAAUUCUACGUGUAUAUUUAAGUAAUCUUAAAUACGCAAGCACUAUAUUUUACCCCUUAACUCUCAAAGACACCAUAAAACCUGUACAUAGGGGGUACUGUUUUACUCGGGAGAUUUCGCUGAACUCAAAUAUUAGUGUUGCAAACUGGUAAAUUGUAUUACAACGAUGAUAUUUUAAGUAAAAGGGACGUUUUUUGCACUUUUUACAAACAAACGGCACUUUUAUGGACUAUAUUAUUGUUGUAAUAUGUUUUACUGUUUUAAAACACUAAUAUUUGUGUUUAGUGAAGUCUCCCAAGAAUAACAGUACCCCUUAUGUACCGGUUUUAUCGUGUUUUGGAAAGUUAGAGAGUCACAUAUAAGGCUUGCAUUUCAUUUUUUUGACAUUGAAAUUUGACAAAUUGGUUAUGUUGACUUUGAGAGCGUAUGGUAGCCCAGGAAUGAGAAUUACCCCCAUGAUGGCAUACCAUUUGCAAAAGUAGACAACCCAAGGUAUUGCAAGUGGGGUAUGUCCAGUCUUUCUUAGUAGCCACUUAGUCACAAACACUGGCCAAAUAUUAGUUUUUUGCUUUUUCACACAAAAACAAAUAUGAACGCUAACUUUGGCCAGUGUUUGUGACUAAGUGGCUACUAAAAAAGACUAAACAUACCCCACUUUCAAUACCUUGGGUUGUCUCCUUUUUCAAAUGGUAUGCCAUUAUGGGGGUAAUUCUCAUUCCUGGGCUACCACACCGUCUCAAAGGUAACAUUACUGAUCUGGCAAAUUUCAAUGUGAAAAUGGAACGUUCUCUAUUUGACCCAGUAACUUUCCAAAAUACCAUAAAACCUGUUAAUGGGGGGUACUGUUGUACUCGUGAGACAUUGCUGAUUACAAAUAUGUGCAUUUUUUUGCAGUAAAACCUAACAGUAUUAUGACAUUCACAGCUAUAAUGUCAGACAGAAAUACAAAUUUAAAAAGAAAAUCUUUUCUCACAUUUUUUUCAAUUCUAUUCAUAAUAAAUUAUGUUCCAUAUAUGAAUAGUUAAUGAUAAAUUAAAGCCCUGUUUCUCCUGAGCAAAAUGAUAUCUAAUAAGUGUGGGUGCACUUAAUAUGACAGCGGUGAAUUACGGUUGAACAGACAUAGCACAAAUUCCAGUUUUUGUUUAAGUUUUGUUUUGAUCAGAACGUGUACUAUUGAUUCCGUCCUGAAGGGGUUAAAGGAUCACUAUAGUGUCAGGAAAACAAACUUGUUUUCCUGACCCUAUAUAAUCCUUAGGCCCCCUCCCACUGGGCUGAAGGGAUUAAAACCCUCCUCCACCUCCGACGCCAGCUCCCGAGUUGAGCCGCAUGUAUGGCCAGAGCCGCGCGCACAUUCAAACCACCCAUAGGAAAGCAUUUCCCAAUGCUUUCCUAUGGACGUUCUGCGUGCUCAAUGCUAUUUUCGCAUUGAGCGUCGCAGAAGUGCCUCUGGCGGCUAUCAGGAAGACCGUCAUUAGAGGCUGGAUUAACCCUGCGAUGUAAACAUAGCAGUUUCUCUGAAACUGCUAUGUUUACAGCUGCAGGGUUAAAACGUGGGGGAUCUGGCACCCAGACCACUUCAUUGAGCUGAAGUGGACUGGGUGACUAUAGUGAUCCUUUAACUUAGUAACAUGUUUUAAGCUCUGUUUAUUUUAAAAUCUUUAUAUUUGGGGCUUUUAUUUAAUACCACUGUUUAUUGACAUCCAUGGUACUCCAACUGUGUCUGCAUUUAAUCUGUCUUACACAAAGGCACAACAUUUUUCAGGAUUGGAUGCAUUUCUGUAGCUUCAUUUAGCAUAAGAGGUUCAUCUGAACCCAUUGAGCACCCAAGUUCAAACUUUCCAUACGGACCACCAUCUCUCUUGAUCACAGAAGCAGGACUUGCUCUGUUUAUGCUCUAUAUACAUCUAUAGAUAAUAACUGUAUUGAUGUUUGUUUCAUGGUCAUAAUUAAAGUCACUAAACACAUUCUCCACUAUUCCCUUUUUUUAAGCUUCCAAAGCAGUCGACUGUCUUCUUGACUCUAAAUGGGCAAAAGCAAAGAAAGGAGAAGAAGCCUUAUUCACUAACAGAGAGUCUGUGGUUGAAUUUUGCAACAGGUACGUGUGCUAAGAAAUGCAACAAUGCAUGGUAAGAGACCACUGAAUUACUUUUGUUUCUGGUACCAAACAGUGGCAUCUGGAAUUUCAGUAAAUGUUUGUUUAUACUAUUUUGCUCCUCUUUUGGAUUUUAAAACAUAACUACCAUGCAACUGGUACUAUCCAUCUAUGUGUACAUAGUGGAUGUGCCAGCGUCAUUGUGCAUGCAGUGUGUGUGGUUGAAGGAAAUUUGGAUAAGUAAACAUUUAUAUAAGUUUAUCAUCCUAGAGUUACUAAAGCAGCUUUAAAAUUGACUUGAUUGUAUAAGUUACAGGCUGAGAUGCCUCAUGUGGAGAAUUGUGAUGGUCAGCUCCAUGUGCCAUCAUUCAUGUGCCGUGUAGACUUCACAUGAAUACAGCAACAGCAAAGUUAAGAUUAAAAAAUGGUCAAAAGAAAAUCAUGAUUUAAAAAAAAAAAUUAAUUGUAAAUAAUGGAAGCUUGGACACACAGCAUAAAAUUAAUUUGACCUUUUCAUUGUUUUCUUUACGUCUGCAGUGAUAGGGACACUAUAGGCAAUUGAACCACUGCAGCUUAAUGUAGUUGUUCUGUGGCAAAUAGCCUGUCCCUGCAGGUUGAGUAGUGUGAAUGCUGAUUUUUCUUAGAAAAGGCAGUGUUUACAUUGCUUCCUAUCGCCACUUCUAGUGGUUGUCACGUAGACACAUUCAGUGUCUCCAUGCUCUACAUUCCUCAUAGAGAUGCGUUGAUUGAACAUACCUCUGUGAGGAAAUGCUGGUUGGCAAGGUGGAUUGGCUGAGAUCAUGGAGACUAACAUGACUUGUGAAAUAAAGCUAGUUAAUUGCUGCUGCUUUCCCUUUUUUUUUUUUUUUUUUUUUUUUUUUUUUUUUUUUUUUUUUUAGCUUCAGGGGCAGUCGUUGUUUGCUAGGGCCCUUGCAUUGGGAAUACAAGUUUGUUUUCUUCUUAUUUCAAAAAUCUAAUCCCACACACGUUGGUGAAGUCUGAGAUGAUAAGGGAAAGCAGGUAUAUUUAAUUUAAGCUCUGGCUACUCAAUUCUGCUGUCUUCACCUCCUGGCGUUUGAGGUUACCAGGAACGGUGUCAUCUGACUGCAAGAUACAACAUAGACCUACUUUGAUGUUUGCAUUGAAAUGCCAAACCAGCCAUCUACUGCACAACACACAGUGACAUGAUUUGCUCCCAUGUGACAGCUGAUGAGAAAUGGCAAGCAACAAUAAGCAGAAGCUGAUUAAAGCAUCACAAGCAUAACACACUGUAUUCACUUAUUUGACUUAUAACAUGUUUUGGUUUAGUCAAAUUCCAACACACUACAUAUGAGUUUUUCAUAAGAUUAUAUUUUUAUUUAAAAAAAUAAAUCAAAGGUGUUGGUACAGAUUUCCUGAAUGCACACAUCAACAUAAAGAUAGUGGCUGACAGACCAGUCAUUAUGUGUUUUCAAGCAAACAGGCAUUCUUGCAUAUGUAGACACCAUAUAACCAUCUACUCAUAAAAUUAUGCUUCUUCAGAAAUGGAUAUGCAGAUAAUUUCUAGUAAUUUAAUUUUAAUUUUUUUCAUGCAGGGAAGGGGGUUUACUAUACCUACGGUAUCAUGUUUUUAAUUUGUGGAAAUAUAUUAUUACUAAAUUACUUUGUACAUAAGACUAUUUACAAAAAAAUAAAAAAGGUUAUUCUUUAACUUUAUCAAAUUGAAAUUGACAUGGCAACAUUAAGACUAAAAUAGCCAAAUUCGAACUAUAGUUCAAAUUAGAGAAUUUCUCCAAAUCUGCUUAGUUUGCAUGUAUUUUUUCCCAUGCACAUAUACAAUCUAAAAAAUAUAAACAGAACAGAACGCAAUUCGCAUAAUAUUGUAAAAUCACCAAAAGGGGGGUGGGAUAAUUAUUGCACUCACAAAGCUAAAAUUGAUGAUAGGCACAUAAAUAAGCUGUGGCGUGAAAAGACCACCUUGUUUUCUCUUUUCCUCACAUAAAGAUAAGACCAAAUCAGGCGCAUCAAAUUAUCACUCUGGAACCAGGACCUUGGUGGGGUUCUUUGAGAGAGAAUUGUGCAGCAGCAAUUUGGAUAGAUAAUAAUAAUAGUACAAAAGAAACAAAACACUGUGGAUGUCUCUUAGCCCUCUUCGUUUCAUCCAAUGCAGGACUUUCUCAGGGUAUUCUGUAGUUUGAAUGAAGGCCUGUUUUCACGCCUUCCCGAAGUGCCAUAAGCCAAUUGGGAAUGGCGCCUUUUGAGUGCACGCAGAUGUACUUCCUGAUUGCGUAUCAAGCCUCGAUCUGGCUUAAUAAGUCAAAUUAUGUAAUUUCCAAGGUUUCGGGGAACACUAGAUGCAUUCCAACUCUCAUUUCCGCAUUCUCCGUCCAAUUACGUAAUUUCCGGUUCCCCCGCUAUCACUUAAUGCGGACUUAAAAUGCUUCAUCGUAACUUCUGCAAUUUGCGGGCAAUGUUCAUCGAGGGUACAUAAUUAUAAAUAUAAAAAAAACACAGGCAAACAAAACAAUGAAUAAAUGGAUAAAAACCACUUGUGUCUUAUCAUAAUAUACAAAGACAAACAGAACAAAAAAUAUAGAAAAUGAAGUAGAAUACUAAAGGUAUACAUAUUAAAAAGAUAAAUGAUUUUUUAAAAGGGCAUAAAAUGAAACAUAGAACCAACAAAUUGGGUGCAUAUUAACCCAGAAAGUAGUGCAUAAAUAUGAGGGGAUUAUCAGGCAUAAAAUGUCUUGUUGAUGAAAAAAAAUAAAAAAAUUAUAAUAGUAAAAAAAUGAUUAAUAUAUAAAAUAAGGAAUAGAAUACAUAUAAAAAAUAGUCCUCUAUAAAAAAACCAAAAAAAAACCAGACCAUAUCAAAAUCUACAUUCAUUCCUGCUGGAUGUAGCGUUUGAGGGAAUGUAUCCAAAAUCCUUCUCUGCAUUUGAGUUUCAUCAUUAAAUCCCCCCCUCUUUGGUCAAGUGAUACACUUUCAAUACCUGUACAUAUGAAAGUUUUAAAAUUAAAAGGACAGUUGUUACAGUGAAUCGUAACUGAAUGUGUAAUGAUGGUCUUUGUAAUAUUAUUGCAAUGUUCCAUAAAUCUAAUCUUAAGGGGUCUACAUGUUCUUCCCACACACUGCAUCCCACAACUACAUGUUAAAAGAUAAACUACAUGUGUACUGGUGCAAGUAAUGCAAUCCUGUGAUCUGUAAAAAAAAGAUAUGGGCCAUCUCUAUAAUGGAGUGUCACUUUAAAUUAAAAUGUGGCUCUGAAAUCCUAAAUACAAAAUAAAAUGUGUUCACUGUGUGUUUUGUAGUAAAUAUGGUUCCUUUUCAUAGCCAAGAGCACUUUCAUCGCCUUCAUGUUUUUAGAUAUGUCUUUGACCCUAACAGCACUGUUAGCAGCUAUUAUGGUGAUUUGUGCAGUUUUCUGAUUUUGAUUUUUCCUCCAGUGCUGAAAGUUUGCAUCGUGGAUUUCUUUCAUUUUACCGCAACAAAAUUAUUCUUGUUUAGCCAAAAGUGUAAGAGGCAGUCCAUCACCAUGAUAUCAUAGGUUUUCUAUUGGACACUAUUUGUGGGCAAGCAAUCACAUGAUUUCUUGUAUUUUCAUUUCCUCGUUUAAAUCACAUACUGUGAUGUAAAUAUACUUAAAGGAACACAACAGGGUCAGGGAUACAAACGUGCAUUCCUGACCCUAUAGUGUUAAAAAUAUUAUUUAGGUGGCGGGCGUCCAAUCUGUAACUGUAAAGUUAUAAUGGCAGUGCUUUAGAUAACAUGAUGCUCAGUCAGCUAUUGGCUGAUGCAGCAUUAUGUGAAACGUGUGUGUGUAAACGGAUUAAUGUAUUGUUUAAUUUUUUUUCUUAAGGCUCCUGAAAAAACAAUUCUUCCAUCGUGCAUUAAAAGUGAUGAAAAUGAAGCCUGAAAAAGAAAUCAAGAAGGAAAAGGAGAAAGGAAAGACAGACAGUGGAAAGGAAGAGGACAAAAAGAGCAAAAAAGAAGUUGUGAAGGAAGAAAAGGUCAAGAAAGAGAAAGAGAAGAAAAAAGAAGCUGAAAAAGAGGAAGUUAAAAAGGUAAAAAGAAAAUAUUGGAGCAUAGUAAAUGGAUUUGCAAUUGAAGAAAGAAUUAAUGAACUAAAAAAAUGACUUUAUCAUAGUAGAUACACACUCAGUAACAUCAUUUUUAAAUUAGAGGUUUAUACAAAAACAUCUUGUAAAACCUGCACUUUUUUUGUCUGCAGCCUUUGCAAGCCUUCCCAGGGCCUGCUGCUGCUGUCCAAUAAUUGACUUCCCAAUGAGAAGUGUUUGGAUGGAAGGUGCUCUGAGCAACUGCUACCUCUUCUGUUUAGCUUCACUGAGCUGACUAAACCAGGAAGUAACAGGACCUUGUCUGAUUAAACAGCCAGGGUGGUGUAGCAAGCUUACAUUAUAACAGUGCAAAUUUAUAUUGAAAUCUACAGUUUUUGUAAAAUAUGGAAGAGGAGACACACUUCACACAUGAAACAUUUCAGCAAGCUGAAGUACUUUUGGGGUCUGGAGUGUUCCUUUAAAGGGACACUGUAAUCACCAAAACAACUUUAGAUUAAUGGCGGAGUAUAGAUCAUGUCCCUGCAGUGAAAUGGCUUAAUUCUCUGCAAAUAAUAAUUUUGUUUAUGCAGCUCUAGUCACACCUCCUCUGCAUGUGACCUACACAGUCUCCCUACACAUUUCCCGUAAAGAGAGAUCAAAUGUUUAAAUUGCUUUUAUUGCACAGUCUGUUUAUUUAGAAUUUUUUAUCUCCUAUUAAUAGCAUGCAGGAGCCUGCUAUGUGUAUGAUUAAAGUUAAAGAGAUAGAAACUUCUAAAGUAGAUACACUGUACUGUCAAAUCUUAUUGAAAAUGAAAUUAUUUUUCAUGUACUCUGUGUGAAUCAGGGCUGCCUUUUACUCCUAAGUCGCAGAGAAUUGAGAAUUAAGACUGCGGGGACAUGAUCUAUACACUAAAAUGGCUUCAUUAAACUGAAGUUGUUUUGGUGCAUAGUGUAUCCUUUGAGGUGUAUUUUUAUAAAGCAGCUUUUUAAGGGGUCAUUUUAUGCACCAUAACCAAUUCAGCUUAUUGUUAUGCUUUUUGGACAAUGACACUGUCCAUGCAUCUCACCUUUUGAUAUCUAGUUAAGGAUAAGAAUACAAUUUUUUUGAUUUUGAUAUCCACUCAUUAGAUAAUCACAAACUUUCAAUAUCAUUACAAUUUGAGACCAUGACGUCAUCCAAAACUUGGAUGGACCUUCUUUGCUUUCUGGCACUGUGCUUUGGAGGAUAUGUCUGCAAGUAAUACUGUCAUUUUCUAUACAGUUAGGGCAGGAGUUGAGUGAUAGCUAGCCAUCUUGGAAUGUCUUAACUUGCAUGAGUGAGUACUGUGGGUUGUCAGUAUAACAAUCCUAGUGCUUCUCUGAUAAACUUUGUGUUAAUCCAUCAUGCAUAUAGCGCCACCUGCGUAAUCUGUCUGUAUAUCCUAUCCAAUAAAAGAGUAAAGUCAUUAUCACAGGUGACAUUUGAAUCACUUAAUAGCAGAAGCCAUCCCCUCUUGAAAAGAUUGAAUAAAUGAGUGCCUCACCUUGUGCACUGCCGCAAGUACAUCACUGCAUCUGAAGCCGCUUUGUGCGUGGCAUGUAUGUUAGUCAUAUACCUUUUACCAGUGAAAUUCCCACUUUGUAUUCUGAGAAAAAGAACAUGUGUUCUGCAGCAAAAAAUAGCUGUGGUCCUGUAAAUCUGUAACCAACUAUUACACUUUGUACUUUGUGAUUAUCAUUCCCUUUCUAACGAGUGGGUUGCAAUGCUUUUUAUUCACCCAUGAUUAUUUUGGCUUUUCUGUGGUAUAAACAAAAUAUUGCUAAUAUAUUAUGCUUAUUUUGGGGCUCCAGGUCCAUAGAGUUUAUUGGAAUCCGAGAAAACAGAGCUAAUCUAGACUUUUUUGCUCACCUUGUGGAAAUGAUCCAUUUAUUGAUAUAGCCAACACUAUAUAUACAUAUAAUUACACAGCUUUUUGCAUCUGGUCUCUCAGCAAGUAGUUCAAAAACGGCAGAGUUGUUCUUGGCGUUUUGUGUUUGUCUUUCCUCUACCCUCAUUAUGUUGUUUUAUAGAACCCCGUGACCUAGUAUACACGACCUGGAUUCUUCUGUUGUUUAUUCUCUCCUUAGCAGUAAUUGUUCUAUGCUGUUCUUACAGGAGGAGACUUCAGGGUCCCCAAAGAAGAAAGAAACCAAGAGAAAGUUUAAGUUGGAGCCACAUGAAGACCAGGUCUUUCUAGAUGGUAAUGAGGUAUGACUGCAUCAAUGGUUGUAGAAUUUUAUUUUUCUAAAUAUCCAGACACAAAAAAAAAAAAAUCCCCAUAAGUUAUUACAAUUAUUCACAUAGUGCCAGCAUAUUUCACUGUGCUGUACAAUAGGUAAAACAAGCCAAACAAUUCUAACAGAGCACCUCUGACAUACGGGAACAGUAGGGGAAAAGGGCCCUUGCCAAACAAUACACAGAGAGAAGUGUGGGAAUCAAAGGGUCUGGAUAUGGGAUGGUUGUUUGGGGGUUUUGAAGAAAUUUUGAAGGACUGAAUAGAUAGGGAGACUCAAAAUUGGGAGCGGCAGCCCUAGACAAGUCCUGCAGGUGUGAGUCUUGGAUGCACGUACAAGAACUGGAUAAGAAUAGGUUGUUGACAAAACAGGUUUGAGAGGAAAAUCUUCUGUUGGAACCAUUAAUAUAUAUAUUUUAUAAAAUAACAUUUGCUAGUUUAAAUUAAGCAAAAGUAUGUUUUUUGUUUUUGUUUUUUUCACUUCUGUAAUUUCGUCAUCAUAAUAGGCUGCUCUGUAAAAUGUGCAUAUGCCUUCCUUAGAGAUCAUUGUGUACUUUUGAGAAAGGCGUGGGGUCAUUUAUACAGUACAAUUUUGAGAGAACACGUCAAAAACUUAAUGUGGGGGUCCAUUGUUGUUUGUUCCAUUGUUUUCCAAUAUUUGUCAUAUUUCUAAAAUUCCUUCACAGGUUAACAAAAUUGUCAAGAUUUUUUAUUCCUUGUAAAUUCACACAUUUGUUCACAUGCAAACCAGUCCUGAAUUACUUAUGACAGGAUCCUGUUUGCAAAUGAAUGCCCGGCACGUGCCUUCAUGAUCUACCCUGUUGAUUUAAGUUGGUUCUUUAAAUUAGGAAGAAUGGCUGUCAAGUAUGUUAAUUGUCAAUUUUUUUUUUUUUUAAUUAGGACUGACACAAACUAUUGUUUUAGCUCCUAUUAAUACAUAAUACCUUCUCCUUUAACUUAACAUGCACAUUGGCUUAUGGGUGAUGACAUUUUGCCCAGCCCUAUAUGUAAGCUAAGCUUAGAAAUCCACCAAAGCGUCUAAACCAGGUGUGGCUGAAAGUUAGAUCCCCAGCUGUUCCAGAGCCACAAUUCCAUGUUGCUUUACUGUCUAUAUCUGUUAACACCUUCUAAAACUGAACAUCAUUACUUAAUCUAUACUUCUGACCGUCUUUGCACAUUUUGAUGAAUUUGUUUAUAUAUUGUGCAUUUGUGUAUUUCAGGUUUAUGUGUGGAUAUAUGACCCAGUCCAUUUUAAGACAUUUGCUAUGGGACUCAUCCUUGGUAAGUGAGUGAUCCUACCAGACAGCCAUUUGAUUAUUAAAGCUUACUAGACGAUUAGUAGUGUAACAAAUAAGGUAAAUUUCUAGUAUGUACUUUUUUAUCUUUAAACGCCAUUGCUUAGGUUUAUUUAAGCUAAAUGAAUAUGGUAGAAAAUGGGUAAAGGGAAACACUGUCCUGCUACUUACCCACACCAUUGUGUGAGCGUUUGAAGGGCGAGUAUUACUUAAAUUUCAGACCUCUCGGAGCCUGUCACCAAGACGCCUCUUUGAUAGAGAUCAUUAGAAGGCUGGGGCGCAAGUGCGGCAAAACUCUGUGCUAUUGUGAUAAUGAAAUGGUCUCUAUGAGACUAUCUGAUUGAAAUAGAUUUUAACUCUAUUAGAGUGGAUGCGUCUCCAGUGGCUGUCAGAGUCACAGACGAUAGAGGCAUGUUACCCUGCAAUGAAAACAUUGCAGAUCCUGCAAAAUGGCACUGUUCAGUUGCAGGUGACACGGCACCCAGACCACUUCAUUGGAAUGACACUAUAUGGUGCCAUUUUUAAAAACAAUAGCAUGACAUAUUUUGAAAACAUUGGAUGCAUAGCUAGCUUAUUCACACAGGAUAAAUGUCUCUUAAAAUUUAGACAAUUUUAUUUUCUUAUCCAUUAAAUGUGUAAACUCUAAAACAUUUUAUCCAUCAAUCUCAAUGCCAUUUUCUUUUUCCCUGUGUCUUUUUUGUUAGGAUACUCACGCACAUAAAAAUUCCCAACAAUAGUAGGAUUGUACCAAUAACAAACUCUGCUGGAACAUGCAUUCCUAAUAUAUUGAUAUCUCAGAGACCAAACCCCCUGCUAUUUUAUUUGUUCUUUCAAAUAGCCAAUACAAAAAUCAUCAGCAAAAUCAAACUGAGCUGGUGCUAAAAGGAAAGGUGUUUUUUUUGCACUACUAUUUACUGCUUUGGUCAGAUUGAUUAUGUACAUUAUGCCGAGGGAUCUUAACAAUAACAUAUAUAUUGAGAUUUUUCCAUGCGUUAUCCAGUGACUAUUCUGAUUGUAUUGAAAUAGUUUGAUUUAUUUUUAAUCCACUACACUGGAAUGCUAAUGUAUUUGUCCUGUUGUAGUAAUUGCAGUGAUCGCUGCAACUCUGUUUCCUCUGUGGCCUGCUGAAAUGCGUGUUGGGGUUUAUUACCUGAGUGUUGGAGCGGGAUGUUUUGUGGCCAGUAUACUUCUUCUUGCUGUUGGUAUGUAUGAGUUACUCCAGAAAGCUGCUUGUUAAUGCGCACCAUUUGCAUUAUAGCCCUGUGUCAACUGGAAAUCAAAAUUAGAAGUUUAAAUCCUAUACCAAUUAGCAGGCAAGACUCUUAAUAUAUGUAUUUAAAGAUUAAAUAGUUUUAAUGGUUGUAUAUUAUUUGCUGUAUGAGAAUGAUUCCACUUCAGCAAGCCAAAUUAAAUCAGUGUCUUAUAUUUGAUUUGAACUUGUGUGAGUAACGUAAGCAAUACUAAACUGCAUUCAAGUGCCAUUGGACUUUUACUUAGGAACACAGUUAAAGGGACAGUGUAAGCAGCAAAACGACAUCUUAAAGGGGUACCAUAGGCAUCAAAACACAUUUAGCUUAAAGAUCAGUAUUGGUGUAUAGAUCAUGCCCUUGCUGUCUCACUAUUGAAUUAUCUGCCAUUUACGAGUAAAAUCACUUUUCUUUCUGUUUAUGCAGCCCUAGUCACACCUCCCCUGGCUGUGACUGACACAAAACAAAAUAGUAUCAUUUUCAAGAUGUAAACUUACUUUAAAACUUUUUAUCUUCUGCUCUGUAAAUUGAACUUUAUUCCCACACAAGAGGCUCCUGCAAGGUCUAGCAAGCUGUUAACAGUGCAGGAGAUAAUAAAUUCUAAAUUAAACAGCAUGUGCAAUAAAGGAAGAAAUAAACAUUAGAUCUCUCUUUACAGAAAAUGUUUAUACAGCUGUGUAAGUCACAUGCAGGUAGGUGUGACUAGAGCUGUAUAAAUCAUUAUUUCACUCCUAAAUGACAGAAUUGAGCAGUUAGAAUGCAGGGGCAUGAUCUAUACACCAAAACCUUGGUGUAAGCUAAAGUUGUUUUGGUGCCUAUACUGUCCCCUUAAAAUAGAGUAUUAUAGUACAAUGAUGAUGUGUUUCUUCUAGGGCAUUUUAAGCCACUAGAGGCCCCUUCCUGAUUAAGACCUUAAGAAUAUCGAAUACCGCAUGCAUGUUCUGGCCUAAUAUAUUUAGUUUUGGUCACUGUGCCACCCACUAUAAUAUAAACCUCCAUCAUACUUUUGGGUGAGUAGCUCUGUUAGUGAUAAAUCCUUCAAGUAGAAGGAAAGGUAAGUUUCAGCUAUUAAAUGUAGAGUUGGGAUGGAUUUUAAAAUACACUACAUUUUAUUUUACUUGAAUAACUUUGAAGCUUUGUAUUGCCUGAUAUAUUGUCUUAUUAAUAACAUCUUUGUUUUAAACCUUUUUGUGUGUGUUCUGCUUUUAGCAAGGUGCAUUCUCUUCCUCAUCAUCUGGCUCUUGACUGGCGGAAGACACCACUUCUGGUUCCUUCCAAAUUUGACAGCAGAUGUGGGCUUCAUAGAUUCCUUCCGACCACUUUACACACAUGAGUACAAAGGACCAAAGACCGACCAGAAGAAAGAAGAAAAGUCUGAGAUCAGAAAGCCAGUGAAAACAGACAGCGAGGAUAAAUCUGACAGUGAGAAAAGGGAAGAGGAAGAAAGAAAAGCUGAAGCAACAGAGGGUUCUGGCACAGAUGCAUCCGGUGCCGAAAGACAAUCGGACACGGACAGUGAUAAGCGAGAAGAUGAUGGUUCGCAACAUAGCAGCGGCAACGGGAAUGAUUUUGAAAUGAUCACACGGGAGGAACUUGAGCAGCAAACAGACGAAGGUGACUGCGAGGAGGAAGAUAACGAAGACAAAGAGACUGCCGAAUCCAAGCCUCUAUGCGAAAAAUCGUGAAGGCAGGAAAAUGGGUCUGGACCGAAUAUAUGUGCAGAUGAAUGGAUUUUACUGUGGAGUGAUCACCAAAACAUUACACACAUUUCUUCACUGUCUUCUUUCUGAUAUGCAGGAGAUCUGUAGGGAUCAUCAAAUUCGUUAGGCGAUUAAAAGCGGUAUUCCAGUAAAAGGAAAUGUGUUUUUUUAAAAGAAAGUUACUAAUAGCUAAAUUGAAAAAAAUAUAUAUAUUCAGCCUUAGCCACGGUCAUGGUGAAAAGACCAAAUAACACAAGUGAUACACAUUCACUUUUUAAUUGUACUCGUUCCUCUCAGAAAUCUGUCGUGAUCGGCUAUGAAACCUCUGCUGUGUGGGGUUAGGUUAUGGCAGUCUGACAUCUGCAUGCUGCUCACACACAUUGCUGCUUGUCCAGUGCAUGCUAAUGCAAAAGGUCUGUUCAUUUCAGGAAGCUUAUGAUAAAAUCUCAGAAGUUCAGUUGUAGCAAAAUACUGCGUUUAGUUUAUAAAUAUAUUUUUAAAGAGCGUUUCUCCUUUGUAUUGUCUAGAAUCUCUAUGUGUCUUGUACAUCUCUCCAAAAGAAAGCCCAGUAUUUUACUGUUCGGGGUAUUCUUUGCUUUGCAUAUUUAUGUUCCUCAAAAGUGUUCUUUAUCUUUUUUUUUUUUUUUUUUUUAACAUAAUGACUUUGAUGAUCCCUAAGAAAACAUGUAGUCCAUAUUAUAUCUUUCCCUUAUGUAUAGUGAAGAGUAGAUAUUUUUUUUAAGUAUAAUAUUUAAACAUCAUUGGCAAAAUGCCACCUUCUUACUAACAGCUGAGAUGUCAUGCUUAGUUGUAAUACUGAAAACGUACUGUGUAUUAUUUUGGUAUUGAUGGUACUAGGUUCUCUGCUAUGGAAAGUUUACUAGAUAGUUUUAAAUCCAGAACUCUACUCACUCUUCAAGCUGAGGCACUUUUUUUUAAAAUAAGAAAAGCCUAUUUAUUCUCAUGCUUUCUCGAUCUAAGAUUAAAAGGUGCAUUUGUUUUCUUUACACAAUUUAUCUUUUUCUAAGACUGUGUUGAAUUUCUAUUUCCUCGUUUGUAGUAACACACAUUGAUCUUUUAAGUGAAAUCACUCGAGUAGAUGAUUGAUCGUUCCUGGGUGUUUUCUGCAGUUUACUCUUAAUUGCUCAUUCUGCGCUAAAUCCCCUCUCCGCAUCAUUUAAAAAAAAAACACAGUCAAGAAUAUGUAACUGUUAUGUGUAUAAAUGAAUGUCUCCUUGUGGGCCAAGAUGGAAGAGAAACAUUGGGUGCCUUUAUGGGAUGGGAUACUGCAAGUCUAAAAAGUGGCCAGGAAGAAAAGUGAGAAUUUUUAUGACAUUUAUAACAGUCAGUGCACCUUCAAAUGAGUUCUGAAAUGUAAAAGUCACAAAAAAAAGGAAAAAUGUAGCAAACAUUAAAGUUGGUUGUAAUUCAAUAAACCGUAAUGUUGGUAGUUGUUGCAAAUGUUUGUUAAACAAAUCAAUGUAUUUAAACCAAGGUGUAUUGAAAAAAAAAAUGCACAGCGCCCCCUGCUGCAUGUAUGAUGACAAACCCAAUCAAGGGAUAUUUAUAUUUUCUUCUCUCUAAACAUGAUGCACAGAGAGGUAUUGGUUUGAUAUCUCUCCAAAAAUCUGUUUCAUGGAUAGAUGAGUUUCUAUUCUACUGAUGCAAAUACCAUCAGCACUAGAUUAAAUAAUUUUUAAUUGGGCGGAUGAAAACUUUGCAGAAACAAAUGAAAUUGUUCUAUUUAUCCAUGUUUGAUUCUUAUACAUUAUUUAUACACAGAUAGCAGGUGUAUGUUUUAGUUAAAGUUCCUAAAAUUAAGGAUGCCAUUUUAUGUUGCUGUCCAGCUAUUAGUGGAAGGCAAUUAACUUGUCUUUGACUGAGAUAUGGCAGCAUUUUGCACACUAGUUUUCACCACUAACAAUGACGGUGGCAUAAAUAUUGCCAUUGGAACAUAACUUAUAAUACCUGCAGAGCUGCAGUGUGCCCAUCACAGAUUUAGACGCUAGUUAUUCAAAUUCAUGUAGGCAAAUUUUUUUCACUUGAACAUAGCUGCAGGAUGUGGCUGCAUGACGUGCAUCAGACAGAUUUAAAACGUUAAAAAGGGGGUUUCAGGCAUUUAACAAUAUGUUUAUUUUCAGGAAAAGAAAGCCUUUAAACCUUCAGAAAGACUGUGAGUGACAUAGAUGUUUUCACAGCUUAGAUUUGUGCCAACAUUCCAUGUAUGUAAGUAUAAGUAAAACUAUGCUUAUUAAAAGUAAAGGUGACAAAACACGGCUGUUUGGUGUACUGUGGAGUCCUUUUUAUUUUUGGAUUAAAUAAUGUAGUGUGGUAUUUGUUCCUUUGCAGGUUAUUCUGUUCCAAAGAUCCCACCCAGCGAUAUGAUCUAAUUUCUGCUUUAAUGUAUUCCAGUUGUACCCCAACUCCCCCAUGCAUCUAAAAGCAGUCACAGUAGAUGGGUAGCAGCACUUUCCUCUAACAGAACAGGCAGCACUGAACAUUUUAAAAGUAUACCUCUUGGCACUAUACCACUCCAGCUUAGGGGCUGUAGUGAAAGCCUCUGGCACUGCAGGGUUUUGUUAAACUGAUGAAAUAGGGCUCGAAAUGGAAACUCCAAGCUCAUCUCUGCCAAAGAGCUAGAAAUUACACUUGAAUUAGUAUUUAACAGUGACGUGGAAGAGACUUCGAUGCAUUGUUCCCCACUAUUGAGCUCUUGCUUCCAAACACUGCCCCUGUGUAAUAAGUCAUCAGAGAGACAGGAGCAGACUUUGGACUUUCAAGCACUUUCUCCCAGUGCUUUGCAGAUUCUCCUGUUAUAUACAAACUACCUCCCUGUCUGAAUUUUACUUACCAUAAAUUUCACGUGCCAUAGACCUAGUGCAUUAAGGAUUCCCCUCCCUCUCUAGCAAAAAAUAAAAAAUAAAAUUGUAACUUGUCACUAACUGCAGUGCUUAGAGUGGUGGUUUGCUGUAUAAGGUAAGGAAGGGGAUCAGUCUAGAGGUGGGAAACUCAUUAUUAUUAUUAUUAUUAUUAAUUUUAACCUUUUCAGUGCUAUCUGACCUGUGAGUGACAUCUAUGAUGACUGCUUAAUUGUCUAUGAAAAAGUGUUUUACAUUGCUUUGCCCAUUGUGGUUGCUCAUAAUAAAAUGUGUUACAACCAUUGGAUAAUCCUAAUUUUGAUAAUUCAUUAGGUAAAGAAAUAAUUCAAGCAUCAUAAUCCC